AAGAAAUAAGUGAAGACAGAUCCAACCUUGAACCUUCGUUGGCUGGACCAAAUGCAGGAUCCGGGACCGUAUCACAUAACUGCUGACAAAACGAAGAGGAGUUUCUAAACAAGGAUGGGAGUUUCACAACCCUCAUGAGCAUACUGAGACAGUUUCCAUAGGAUCUGUGCAAGAUUGGAAAUACACAGAGGGCUUGCUAAUCUCCCCAAAAAGGACAGAAAAUGUGAAGUUUGUUCAGAACAGCAACUGUCAAGACACUCCCAGCUGUACUCUGCUACCUGUUUCCAGUGUCUAUCACAGUUCCAUAAUUUCAAAGUACAGGAAGCCACUUGAAAGUGAGAAGUGACUUUUUGCAACAAAACAUAAGCUGUUGCUCUCCAAUUCAGAGCAUCCCCUGGAAUAAUUGGAUCAGCUCUGCUCAUUGGCAGACCUUUUGAUAUUCUUGUAUGAAUCAACAUGGAAAGGAAUCUUAAGAAUGUUUUGAUCAUUUCUUUUGGAUUUUUACUUCUCUUCACUGCUUAUGGAGGACUCCAGAGUCUACAGAGCAGUCUCCACUCAGAAGGCGGCCUGGGUGUUGCUUCCCUAAGCGUUCUCUAUGCUGCACUCAUCUUAUCGUCCAUGUUCCUCCCUCCAGUCCUCAUCAAGAAGCUGGGCUGCAAGUGGACCAUCGCAGGCUCUAUGUGCUGCUACAUUGCAUUCUCCCUAGGGAACUUCUACGCCAGCUGGUACACACUAAUCCCUACCUCUGUGAUCCUGGGCUUAGGAGGAGCACCACUCUGGUCUGCCAAAUGCACUUACCUCACCAUUGCUGGCAAUUCAUAUGCUGAGAAAGCGGGAAAAAAUGGGAAAGACAUUAUCAACCAAUACUUUGGGGUCUUCUUCCUGAUAUUUCAGUCCUCCGGCAUCUGGGGAAAUCUUAUCUCAUCCUUGAUAUUUAGCCAGGUGUCCACCAAAGUGGAAAUCUCAGAAGAAAACCUGGCGUGCUGCGGAGCGUAUGACUGCAUGACUGAUACUGCUAACACAACCGGGUCAGCAGAACACUCCAGCUCCUUAAUCUACACUCUGCUAGGGACCUACACCGCUAGUGGUGUGCUAGCGGUCUUGCUGAUCGUUAUAUUUCUGGACCAGAUCGCUUCUGACCAAGCAGAGACUGAGAAAGAAGUACUAGAGGCACCAUCCUUUUGGUCUACGUUCCUAGCAACUUUGCAACAUCUUAAAGAUAAAAGACAGUGUCUUCUAAUCCCUCUGACAAUGUACAGUGGAUUUGAACAGGGUUUUCUUUCUGGUGACUACACAAAGACAUAUGUGACCUGUGCCCUGGGGAUACGUUACGUUGGUUAUGUGAUGAUCUGCUUCUCAGCUGUAAAUUCCCUCUGCUCUCUGUUCUUCGGGAAGAUCUCUCAGUUCACGGGUAGAAAACUUCUAUUUGCAUUAGCCGCAGUUACAAACACCGCCUGUAUGAUCGCACUACUGCUGUGGAGACCUCAUCCUAAGCAGCUUGCCGUGUUUUUCAUAUUCCCCGCCCUCUGGGGCCUCUCUGAUGCCAUUUGGCAGACACAAACUAAUGGACUCUAUGGCCUUUUUUUUGAGAAACACAAGGAGGCUGCCUUUGCAAAUUACCGUCUCUGGGAAUCACUUGGAUUUGUCAUCGCCUUUGGUUAUAGCACCAAAUUGCAAGUCUACAUCAAGCUGUACAUUUUAUUGUCUGUGCUUGUGUUGUCUAUGGUGACAUAUGGAGCGGCUGAAUACCUCGAAGCUAAGAGCUCCCCUGGGAUACCUGCUGAUACAAAGAAGGAGAACGUAGGACCCCUCACCCAGGAAACACGCAUGUGAUUGAACAGGGUCAAAGUGAUGGAAUCAAAGCAAACAAGACCAGUACAAUGCAGAUGUCUUAGGAGUAAAAAUCUCUUUUGACAU